UUGUGUUUGUUGCCCUUGUUUUUGGUUUCUUUUAACUUUCUAGUUUCUGGCUAAUUACUUGGUUGAUUAGUUGCUCUUUAGUUAUUUAAAAUGCAAAUUUGUGGACUUCCUUGAGAUAUGUCUCUCGUCCACUUUUUAUCGUGUGUUGCUUUAGAUGUUUUCAUGAGUUAUUAAAUACUUAAAAUUGCUGGCUAUGGUUAAAAAGAACAUUAUAUUGAUUUGUUCCUUCAUGGGCCUAGGGCCUCUCCUAACUCCUUUGGUCUUAGACAAGGGUGCGAUGAUUGGGCUCAGACCUGGCUUGAAAACUUUGUUCAAUACAAUAAUUUUUAGUUGUAUUGGACAGGCUGGGUGAGACUAGAUAGGCAGAAUAAUAGGUCUAAACGGUUUAGUUACUUGGUUAAAUUGGUGCACUCCUUCAUGGGUGCACCUUAGCAACUGUUAAUUGAUCAGCCAUGUCUUAUUUUAAGUGUGACAAGCCUAGCGAUCAAGGAUCCAAAAAUUUGAAAGCAUGGAGGCUUACUCUUAACUGGGUAGAUUAACAUAAUCAAGCAUUGUUGCUACAAGCAUAAUGAAGAGAGGACCAUCUGGCAUUAUUAGCAUUUGGAAUUCAGUUGUAGUACUUCGGCUAUGAGUGGCUCACAAAAAGUGAAAGAGGUGCACCAAUAGGGGUCAGUAGUUCCCUCUCCGAUAAGUAGAACUCAUGGGUUCUACUGAUCAGAUGACCCACCAAAGUCGGUGCACCUACCCUGCCUUCAAGUUCUUGGUUAGAGCUAUUUGCCUAUUUCUCUGCUUAAAAUGGUAGCAUUGAACAUUAUUCUUGCUUCAAGGUUGAUUGUUUAUUUAUUUUUUGAAUGGAUGUUUCUAUAUAACCAGACUUGAUUGAGGCUUUUUUUUUUCAGAUUAAAUUUAGUAACAUCAUCUUUCUUGUUGUGUCAUUCCUUCAAUAAUUUAUCUUUUUCUUUGGUUGUAUCUCCUUGUUGUCUUACAUUCCUUCUCUCAAUUGGUUGAUCUUUGUCUUUUAAUUUUUAAACAUAACUACCCCACCUUUUCAUUGAUAACCACCUUAUUCUUUCUACAAAGAGAUCAGCCUAAAGAAGGCUUUGAUUGGGUAGGAGCUUGGAAAUUCUCUUAGAAUGAUCUAUUUGUUUAACGUAUGAGUUUUGAUUGGAAUCUAAUGUCUCCAUUCUUUUUUUUUUUUCAAUUUAACUUUUGUUGUUAGAUAAUAGUAAAAAAUUGCACGUCAGAUAUGCACAAAAGAGAAUGUCUUUUACACUGUCAAAUGUCAAUGCAUUGCAUGCGUAGAAAGAGAGAGAGGUCCAAUGAAAAGGUGGCUAUGGCAUUUGGCAAUAUUUGCUUCUUUGCAAAAGCAAAAGGUGGUGGUAAGUACUUGGCUUCCAUGCCUAGAAAACAUUGAUGGGAUAAAUGCUAUUGGAUGUUUCAUUCAUAUCGGUUGUCUCUACUAAAGGUCCCCAAAGGUUAAGCAAAGUUGAAAGCUAGAGAGCAACCACUAGAAGCUAAGCUAAUUUCCUGCCAAAAUGUUAAGUGAACUCCCUUGUCCUUGCAUGUUUUGGUUCUUUUUUAGAAGAAUCCUUCUAAUAGUAUUCUAGAAAUUCUCUCUCUAGUUAAAUACAGACGUAACUGGACCCAUGGAGGAGUUCUUAAUUGCGUAACGCCCAAAGCACAUGGCCUUGACUCUUUUGUGGUUUUGAAUAUCAUCAACUACUUUGGUUUUCUGCUGUAAAAAUUGAUGGGGUUGUUUUGCUCUUCUGUUUUCUUCCUGUAUUCAAUUGGGUAUUAGGUAGAGAGAGAAGAGAUUUGAUAUCUGGACUCUUCACGAAAAUUUCAACACAGAAUAUAAUUUAGUAGAAAAUUUUGGAAUCGUUCAGAUUCAAUGCAUGCAUUCAACCACCCACAUAAGUUCAGAGAGGAAAAGGUUAAGAAAAUAAACUAUUUUACUGAUACAUUCAAGAAUAUCAUCAUAAACCCAUUGAAGACAAAUCAUUUCUAGCCAUUUAUUCCAAGGCAAGCCUGAUCAAAUUAUUCUGAUUGCUUUUCAACAUCAAGAAAUUGUUAAUCUAAGUGGAUCAUCUUUAUCUGACCCUUGUGAAUCCAGGAAGCAUCCUGUAAUAUUGGGUAAGAUAAUGGGUUUAGACCUAUUUUAAUUUGACUAUUGCUGAAUUUUGAGUGACUGUAUCUCCUACAAAGUCAAAUUCUACUUAAUCUUUUGGACAAUUCUUGUGGAUUCCUGAAAAACAAUAUUAUGACUGUAAAAUGUCUAGAAAGACCCUGGCUUUGUAGUAUUAUUCUAUUUGGGCACGUGUGGUUAAGUGGGUAUUUCACUAUUCAACAUACCCAUCACUUUAUCUUAUCUGCAUUCGUUUUCCCAUCUCACAGGUAAUUCAUGGUACUCGCUUUCCAUGAUUGACUCAGAGAAAAUUUUUUAAAAAUUACAGAAAAAAAAAUCAUUUUUGCAGAACUUAGAGAAAAGGUGAAAAGAGACUACCACGAGUCAAAAGCUUAAUUACGCUGUUAAUGCAUUAUUGUCAACUUUUCCAUACCAAAUGAUGAUCAGCAUACGUUUCUUCAACCCCACUCUACAAACUUCAAAACUUUCAUGAUCCCAGCAGUUUGAAUCUUUUUUUAUUUAUUAUGUCUCGUUCAAAUUCCCUCCUUUAAUUCCCAUUUCAUCUCUUCUUUCUUGUCUUGCUAGUUGUGUUCAACUUGGGCUUCUCUUGCUCGUUGCUUCUUAUUUUUCUCUUUCGAUAUGGAACUGAGCUGGCCAAGGGGCAAUACUAGAUAUUUCAAAACGAGCAUCUGAUACUCCCAUCAUUGUGAUGAAACUUGAAAUGGGUAGCAUUCAAGUUUCUCUGUUGAUGCUGUUUUCAGCUAUGGUUUUUGCUGUUCUAGCUGCUUCUCCUGCUCCUGGUGGAGACAAUUCAACUGACUCCUUUUGGCUUCUGAGAAUAAAAUCUGAACUGCUUGAUCCUUUAGGAGUUCUUGAUAGCUGGUCUCCAGGAGCUCAUAUGUGUAACUGGAAUGGACUUACGUGUUCACAUGAGCAAAGCCAUGUUGUGGGCUUGAAUCUAUCCAAUUCGGGACUAUCAGGUUCCGUUUCGCCUGAGCUAUGGCAUCUUACUUCGCUUGAAACUCUUGAUUUAUCCUCAAAUUUCCUCACUGGCUCGAUUCCUUCGGAGCUUGGAAAGCUUCAGAAUUUGAAGAUACUGCUUCUUUAUUCAAAUUUUAUCUCUGGUAAGAUUCCUGAAGAAAUAUUCUCUUUGAAGAAAUUACUAGUCCUUAGAAUAGGAGAUAACCAGUUAUCAGGUGAAAUUACACCAAGUAUUGGCAACUUGACUGAGUUGACAGUUUUGGGUCUUGCUUCUUGUCUAUUCAAUGGAAGCAUUCCAGUUGAGAUUGGUAAGCUGAAGCAUCUGGUGUCACUUGACUUGCAGAAGAACAGUCUCAGUGGCCUCAUACCAGACGAGCUUCGUGGCUGCAAAAGGCUACAAAACUUUGCAGCAUCAGGCAACAGGCUUGAAGGAGAAAUCCCUGCUUCAAUGGGAAGCCUUAAAUCACUGCAAGUAUUGAAUUUGGCCAAUAACAGCCUUUCUGGAGCAAUCCCUGUCAAGUUAAGCCAUCUCUCCAACUUGAAGUACUUGAAUCUGCUUGGAAAUAAAUUGAGUGGCCAAAUUCCAUUGGAGCUCAAUCACUUGGUUCAACUUGAAAAGCUAGACUUAUCAGUAAACUCUCUCUCAGGUCCCAUUAGCCUUUUCAGUGCCCAAUUGAAGAAUCUUGAAACUUUGGUCUUGUCUAAUAAUUUUCUGACGGGUAGCAUUCCAAGCAAUUUCUGCCUCCAGAAUUCGAAUCUGCAGCAACUUUUCCUACAUCAAAACAAUCUGUCAGGCAAGUUUCCCUUAGAGCUAUUGAACUGCUCCUCUUUGCAACAACUAGACCUCUCUGAUAACAAUUUCGAAGGAGAGCUGCCAUCCAGCAUAGAUAAACUUGAAAACCUCACAGAUCUUAAGCUCAAUACUAACAGUUUUAGUGGAAAGCUGCCUCCUGAAAUUGGGAAUAUGAGUAAAUUGGUGAAUGUUUACCUGUUUGACAAUAUGAUCACAGGGAAACCUCCACUAGAGAUUGGCAAGUUAAAGAGGUUGAGUGCUCUCUAUCUCUACGAUAACCAGAUGUCAGGAAGAAUCCCAGUAGAGUUAACAAACUGCACCAGCAUAACAGAAAUUGAUUUCUUUGGGAACCACUUGACAGGAUCCAUUCCCCCAACCAUUGGGAAGCUUAAGAAUCUGAUCAUCCUUCAACUGAGGCAGAAUGAUUUAUCAGGUCCAAUCCCACCAAGCUUGGGCUACUGCAGAAAACUUCAAAUAUUGGCCUUAGCAGAUAAUAAGCUCUCUGGAACUUUGCCACCAACUUUCAGAUUCCUUUCAGAACUGUAUAAAGUUACUCUUUACAACAACUCCUUUGAAGGUCCUCUUCCUUCAUCACUUUUCCUUCUGAAAAACUUGCAAAUUAUCAAUUUUUCUCACAACAGGUUUAGCGGAAGCAUUUCUCCUCUUUUGGGUUCAAAUUCUCUGACUGCCUUAGACUUAACCAACAAUAGUUUCUCUGGUCCUAUUCCUCCUAGACUAACCAUGUCAAGAAAUCUCAGUCGUCUCCGCCUUGCCCAGAAUCAUCUCAUUGGCGACAUUCCUAAUGAGUUUGUGGAGCUGACUGAGCUUAGAUUCUUAGAUUUAUCAUUCAACAAUCUUACAGGGGAUGUGGCAGCCCAACUUUCGAACUGUAGGAAACUCGAACACUUGCUACUUAAUAACAACCAACUUACAGGCACCAUGCCUUCCUGGUUGGGGAGGUUUGAAGAACUUGGAGAGCUAGAUUUCUCAUCCAAUAACUUUCAUGGAGAAAUACCUGCUCAGCUAGGGAAUUGCUCAAAACUACUCAAGCUUUCUCUUCAUAGUAACAACUACUCCGGCAAGAUACCUCAAGAGAUUGGAAAUCUCACUUCUCUCAAUGUCCUAAAUCUGCACAGAAAUAACCUCUCAGGCUUCAUUCCUUCAAAACUUCAAGAAUGCGAAAAGCUCUUUGAACUGAGACUUGCUGAGAACUGCUUGACGGGUUCUAUACCACCUGAGCUAGGAAGGCUGACCGAGUUGCAAGUAAUCUUGGAUCUCAGUAAGAACUCUCUCUCCGGUGAGAUUCCAUCUUCUCUUGGAAAUCUAGUGAAGUUAGAGAGAUUGAACCUAUCUUUCAACCACCUCCAAGGAGAAGUACCUUUUUCACUUGCAAAGCUGACCAGCCUCCACAUGCUAAACCUGUCAUAUAAUGAUCUCCGGGGCCAACUUCCUUCCACCUUUUCGGGAUUCCCACUUAGUUCCUUCAUAGGUAACAAUAAGCUAUGCGGCCCACCAUUAACAUCGUGCUUGGGAUCAGGGGAUCAAGAGAAAAAGAGCCUUUCCAACGCUGGUGUUGCGGGUAUUAUAGCGGCCAUUGUCUUUUCUUCCACUGUAAUUUGCUUGACGAUGCUUUACAUCAUGGUAAGAAUGUGGCGAAACUGGAGAAGGGUGACGAUACAGAGCUUGGAUGGUGGUGGAACUGAACAAACAAGGGAGGAAGAGAAAUGGGUUUGCGGAGACGAGAAGAGAAAGAAUGGUGAAUACUGGAAAGUGAACUCCAUGGCAAAGGUUCCUUCGCUAGAUGACCAAAUUUCUAAAACUUGCAUUUUCCCUUUCAAAAUGGACACAUAAUUAACCCAUAGGAAAUACAUUGGCUUGAGAAUAUAAAUGCUGUUUUCUCUGAGUCCUUUUUCCUAUGGUUUUGCAAAAGGCUGUGUGUUUGUACAAUUCUAUUCAUUUUUUUUUAUGCUGUCACUUUGCUAUUGUAAUGAUAAUCACAACUGUUGAGAAUUUAGAGAGUUUAAA